CCCCUGUUCAUCGGUAGGAUUGCCGUUGGGGUGAUAUUGGUCCGCUGCUAGUAGCGCUUACGCCGCGGGGUAGCGCCAAAGGUGGGAUUUGCGUUCUUUAGUGAAAGAAUCGCAUCAUUCUUUUCUAUCCACAUUGAACCCACAAUUGCUAAAGAUCAAUCGAAAGGGUCCAAAGAAAUCAAUAAGCAGGAGUUUGAGACGAAGAUAGGUUCCCGUUGUUUUGAUCUGGAUCGACGGACUUGGAAGAGUUGCAGCAAAUUCGAACAUUGCCUCUCGAUUGUCGAAUUAUUUUUAGGGACGUUGCACCAAUCGUUACCUAGGAGACUGACAAUUGGAUCAAUUUUGCAUCACAUUUCAAGAUGGGAGAAAAGGAUGGCUUGAUAUCCCACAUCCAAGGGGCUGGGUCUUUUACCCCUCCUCAACAUCGAAGCUGGAGACCUUUCGUCAACACCUUUAUCGCUGGCCUCUUACUCGCAUCUCUGAUCAUCUACAAACGACACGAUCUUUCCUUAAUCCCCAGUGAUUGUAUUGGUAAGCCGAAAUAUCAGCCGCAAUGUCCACCACAAGAAGUCAUAGGUCCGAAAUCGCGACCAGACAUCACGUCCCGAAAUGUUGAAACCAUUUUCAAAUCUCCCGCUUUUCGCAAUCUAAGUAUUGCACGUCUUAGUGGGGCAGUACAAAUACCAACUGAGGAUUUUGAUGGCAUGGGUCCUGUUGGUGAGGAUGAACGUUGGGAUAAAUUCUACAACUUGCAGGAGUAUUUUGAGAAGACGUUUCCACUAGUACACGAAAAGCUCGAGUUGGAGAUUGUGAAUUCUCACGGUCUUGUAUAUACUUGGAGAGGAUCAGACAACAGUCUCCAGCCACUUCUCCUCAUGGGACAUCAAGAUACUGUGCCCGUAGCCGCAGAUACGCGUGACCAAUGGAAAUAUCCACCAUUCUCAGGCUACUUCGAUGGAAAGUACAUCAACGGUAGAGGUGUACAUGACUGCAAGAACAACGUCCUUGCCAUCUUCUCAUCAGUCACCGCACUUCUGGAAGCAGACUUCCAACCCCGCCGCACUGUUGUCCUCGGCUUUGGUUUCGAUGAAGAAGCACCGGAAGGAUACGGAGCACUUCAAAUCGCGAAAUAUCUCGAGAAAUUAUGGGGUCAGAAUUCUUUUUCUAUAAUCGUUGACGAGGGCGUCAUAGGCAUCUCGAAGGUAGCGGGUAGGAGUUUCGGCUCCCCACAAGCGAGCGAAAAGGGGCAUAUGGACGCCGUGAUCCGGAUUCAUGUGCCUGGUGGUCAUUCGAGUAUGGCACCUCCCCACACUUCAAUUGGUAUUCUCUCCGAAGUCGUCACAGUAUUGGAGAACAAUGCUCGACGAAACUUCCCCAGUCGAUUUACAAGCAACAACCCAUUCUACUACCAGCUCCACUGCGCAGCCGAAGACCCUCUCACAGACAUCUCUCCCGAGCUCCGCCACGCACUCAAGAGUCCCAACAGGAAUGAUAAAGUCGUCGAGCUUUUGAAAAAAGACUUCUUAAAAGACAUCCUGCUCCGCACAAGCCAAGCAGUAACAAUCUUCAACUCGGGCAGCAAAUCCAACGCUCUUCCCCAAUACGCUCAGACCCUUGUAAACUACCGAAUCUCCAACGAAGAGUCGCUCUCUUACGUCCAAACACACAUCCAAGAUACAAUCUCCCCCAUCGCCACCAAGCACAACCUAAGCUUCGUCACGCUCCCCGAAACAAGCAACUCCUCCUCGUCACCAGAAAAUACCCUAUCCCUCGUCUUCCAACGCCCCCUCUCUCCCUCCCCCGUAUCCUCCCACAAAUCUUCUGCCUGGAAAUACUUCUCGGGUGUCAUCAAACACGUAUUCGACGAAGAAGGAGAAGGUAACGAUGUAUUAGUGGCACCGACGAUCGCGCAGGGGAAUACGGAUACGAAGUAUUUUUGGAACUUGACGGAUCAGAUCUAUAGGUUUGGGCCGAUGAGAGCGUGGCAUGAUGAGGGGUGGGGUGGGGUUCAUGAUGUGAAUGAGAGGGUGGCUAUAGAGGGGCAUUUAGAGAUGAUCCUGUUCUAUCAUGAGUUUAUUCGGGUUUUCGAUGAGGCAGAUUUGAGCUGAUGAGUACGCGGAACUUACAUGAAAGGAGGAUGGUGGGACUUUAUAUCUUUGUUUCGAUGACAUCUCGGUGUGGAUUCGGGAACAACAAAUUGGCUCAAGGGACUACAAUCCACACAGAAUUUCUUCCUGCCGAUGACCGGACGAAUUUCGUAGUCACCAAUGACACACAGCCUUCUCAAAGAUAAACAUCAAUAUAAGCCAUGCAUACAACU